AACAAUUUAAGGAUAAUAUAAACCUUUUAUGAAUUAAGUAAAGAUGUGUAAAGUACAACAAAAUAGUAAGAUUAAAAAGAUAAAUAAAGAACAAGCAUGUUAGGUUUGCUCUGCAGAGCAGCACCUGAAACACUGUACUGCAGAAAGACCCUCUGGGAGCCAGCGCUAAAGGCUGCACUUUUAUUGAACUAAUAUUAUAAAACUAAUAUGUGUCAUAGGGAAGCCCCUGUUUAUAAGAGGCAUGAAUCACAUGGUUCAGGUGUGCAUCAUCAUCACCCUCCAUGUUACUCAUCCAUAGUGGAAGCGGGACGCUCGUGGGCAGCAAGGUGCUCAUCUGACGUGCCGACGUCACCGGGUCUUUGACAGCACUUCCUGGAGUGGUGUUUGUUGUGGGAAACAGCCCCGGUGCUGCUGAGCUGAACUGGGGAUUUAGGCCACAUAAACGGCGGGCACAGACGGGACACGUCGCUGCUUCUCUCCCGCCUUCAAACAUGUGGCCGCGGACGCCUUUGACCGCUCUCAGAUAAGCGCAGAAGAGAGGAGGAAGAGAAGAGGACGCUGAAGAGGCUGAGGAAGGACGAGGUGGAGGAAAAAAAAAAAAAAUAUUCUCAGAGCAGCGCAGCCGAGCCGCCGACAGCACGGAGCUGUCGCGAUGUUGUAACUAAACCAUGGACAGCAGGAUCAAGGAGAACCCAGAAAGAACAUUUGAUCUGGUUGUACAAGUGGCGUGCCCAUCAUCUGAAAAUGAGGAUCCAACCGUGCUGUGGAGCUUCCCCCAGGACCACACAGACCAGGAGGUUCUUCAGACAAUACCGAAGUUCUGCUUUCCCUUUGACGUGGAAAGGGUUUCCCAGAGUCAGGUUGGGCAGAACUUCACCUUUGUUCUCACAGAUAUCGACAGCAAGCAGAGGUUUGGUUUUUGUCGACUCACCCAAGGUUGCCGGGUCUGCAUAUGUCUCCUCAGUUAUCUACCAUGGUUUGAGAUCUACUACAAGCUGCUGAACACACUGGCUGACUACCUAACAAAACAUCAGGAAAAUAACUUGAAUGACUUGCUGAAUUCUCUCCAUGAGCUGCCUGUGCCAAAGCCUUUCACGCCAGUCAACUUGAACGUGAAUAAGCGGUUGUGUAUUGCCACUGGGCAAGCACUGAGAGAUCAGCGAAGCAACGAGCCGCACUCCUACUUCAUCGCCCCGGAUAUCAAUGGACUGCCAACCAUCCCAGAGAGUAGGAACCUGACUGAGUACUUUGUGGCUGUGGACGUCAACAACAUGCUCCAGCUCUACGCCAGUAUGCUGCAUGAACGACGCAUCAUCAUUACCUCCAGGAAGCUUAGCACUUUGACUGCAUGUGUCCACGGUGCAACGGCUUUGGUCUUUCCGAUGUACUGGCAGCACAUCUUCAUCCCGGUGUUGCCUCCGCAUCUUCUAGACUACUGCUGUGCUCCGAUGCCAUACUUUGUGGGAGUUCACUAUAGUCUGCUUGAGAGGGUCCGCAGUCGAUCACUGGAGGAUGUGGUCAUUCUGAAUGUGGACACAAAUACUCUGGAGACCCCCUUUGAUGACCUGCACAACCUGCCCAGUGAUGUGGUGUCCACUCUGAAGAGCAAGCUGAAGAAGCAGUCCACGGCAACAGGAAGUGGGGUGGCGAUGGCCUUCCUGAGAGCGCAGGCCGCUCUGUUCGGAUCGUACAGAGAUGCCCUCAGAUAUAGACCUGGGGAACCAAUCACAUUCUGUGAGGAGAGUUUUGUCAACCAUCGCUCGAGCACCAUGAAGAACUUCCUGUCCAUGGCUGUCAACCUGCAGCUCUUUAAACAGUUCAUCGACGGACGACUGGCCAAAUUAAACGCAGGCCGUGGCUUCUCCGACGUGUUUGAAGAAGAGAUCACAGAGGGGGGCUUCUGUGGAAGUAAUUCAAGGUCUUAUCAGCAAUGGAUGCACACUGUGAAGAGAGGAGGAGCAUUUUUCAACAUAGCUGUGUCAAAGGCCAAGGUUCAUGCCAAGCGGGGCAUUCGGGACAUUAAGGGCAGGCUUAAAGCAAGGGAGGAAGAAGAAGAGGGGAUGACAGUCCGUCCAGGGUCUCCCACCAGCACCAAGAGCCUGUCUCCUAGGAGACUGCAAAAGAUGAGACGGCACAACUUACACAAGUCUCCCAUGAGCAUGGGCCCUCGAGAUCUUGGCUGUGGGCUCGACGAUGACGAGUUGGACACUGCGAGCAAGAUCUCCUCUGAAGAUAGUGGCGAGGUCAAUUCAUACACCGAGGACAGCGAUGAUUCGGACUCCUUCUAUCCGGACAUCGACCCCUCGCCCUCCAGCCAGAUGAACCUGCUGGAGGAAAUCCUGGAUUCUCUGACCACCACAACUAUGGAUCAAGGAAAACUAAGUGCUGCCAAGAGCUUGGACUUCUUUAGGUCCUUGGAUGACUUGGACUACAAGGUCCAGUCUAUGUCCACGCCUUUCAGUGAGUCCACAGCUGCAGAGGAGGACAGCUUUGAUGCUGCAACUGAUCACGGAGGAUGGAACAUGGGUCAGGAUGACAGCGCUGUCCAUGGAAAACACCUUCCUCCAUCCCCACGCAGACAACCCAACAAGAGCAGCCUGAAGGGCUCCAAAAACUCUACAACUUUCUCCACAGUGACCCCCUGCUCAGCUCCUUUCCCUGAUGCCAACGGCACCAGGUCAGAUCUUCCUCCUCCAUACUCCUCUAAGUCCCAUUCCGAUACUCACCUUCUGCCAAAGGGAAGACAGCCAGGAGACCAUCGGUUAUCCUAUUCCCCCUUACUGUCCCAUAAAGUUACACCCGCAUCCCCGAGUCUCUCACACACCCACAGCUCUGCAGCACCUGCAUCUCAGCCAAAUUCGUCUCCAGAACCGACGAGCCGAAAUCGUACCAUCUCAGAACCUCAGGAAUUCUACGAGCCUUCACAAAGCCAGAACCAAACUGGGUCCACCGGCAUGCUGAGGAGAAAGGUGCUGUCCAAAGAGAUGGUAAAAAACUACCACGAGAGGUCCAUCAAGAAGCAAGGCAGCAAAGGAAACCACGACAGCCAGGCGGGCGCAGCGAAGAACAGCCAGGCCGGCAUCCAGGUCCCAUGGGAGAAGGAGGUUUCCAAAGAUGGACUCCUGGGUCUUGGCCUAUGCCUGGGUCAGGGUAAAAGCUUGGGGCCUGCUGGGGGGCAGGAUCCGAGCCUGCUUGAGGAGAUUGAGUCCAUGUGUUGCCUCAGCUCACCCAUUCACAGCAGCCUGCAUCUCUCUCAAGUCCACUGCAGCAACAGCCACCAUCAGGUCCAAGGAAAAGCCACUGAGAAGUCCUAAAGAACACAAAGGACACCACGUCUGUGGACUGACUCAGGUUCUGCUCCUCUAUUACAGCUGAUAACCAGCCCUGCCCUGAUUAACUGAACUCUUGAUCAUAAAGGGAACAUUGUGAACAAACAAAAAGCCAGAGAGCAACGAGCGGGAAGUGCUGAAAGGGAGCGCUGCAGAGUUCUCCAUCUGUACUCCAUCUGCUAGGGUGAAAUAAAUCAGAUUACAUAAAGAAUACCUGACAAAUGUUCAAAAAUGUGAAGUAAAAUUAUUAUUUAAAAAAAAAUAAAAUUAUGAUUCAGAUUAGGAAUACGUAAGAUUAAAAAAGUAAAACAAAUUUAAAAAUUCGCUCAACCUUUUUGAAAUAUUGAAUAUGUUAAACAUCCAUAAAAUAAAAUUUCAAGUAAAUAUAGGUGGAGAUGUCUGCAGAGUUUUCAGUUCAGUUGCUUCAUUUCUAAGGCUGCAAGUAUCUGAACACUAGAGAUGCACCGAUCAGGCUUUCCUGGCCAAUACUGACUGCUGGCUUUCUUAUGGUCUGACCUGGAUCCAGUUUUUUGUUCUAAGUAGUAGUUCUAAAUCCAACACAAAUAAAAAGUGUUUACAAGGUUAUGCUACAUUAUGCCUUAAAGCAUAUGUUACUGAACUUCAUGAGAUUAUUUUUAUUCAUCUGAAAAAAGUACUCUAGUGUACAUUCUGACAGUUGAUGUGUUUUAGACCAAAUUUUUUUAGACGUUCCUGCAUUUUGGGGCAUUCAAUAGGAAAUUAGAUUUUUGAGCAUUUGACCUGCUGAUCAGUGUUCAGAGCCGAUUUCAACCUCCAGCAGAUUGAUCGGUGCAUCUCUACAGAGCACUUUAGUUUAAAUGAUUUCAUGUCAGUACUUUGUAAGGAUUAAAAAGGGCCAAUUUCACAUUAACAUACCAUCAUGAUCUGAACAUUUCAUAUAAUGAAUUUGCACUUAUGGAUUCGUUUAUAAUACUCAACUGUUACUACUUGGUACUAAACUGCAAAACCAGCAAAUGUGACACAGGAAGUGAAAUGCACAAUGUCCACGCAGGCCUUUGAAAUUAAUGAAACUCUGUUGGAUUAAUGAUUUUAAUGCCUUAAGCGGACAUGUGAUUUGUUUUGAUACAGAUGUCUUAAAGUUUAGAUACAACUGCAGGUACUUUCUAAUCACAAUCUUAAAUACAGUAGCAAACAUUUACAGAGACGGCUUGACGGAUUGUUUUUGAUGAGUUUUGUUUAUGUUAAUCCUAUCUGUUCAGACUUAAUAACCACGUCUAAUGAAGUGAGCACAGUUAAAAUAUAUAAUUAAUGACUAGGAAAAGCCAGAAUCUGUACUUCAUCUCUUUUUCUUUCUGUUUCCAAUCGGCACUCACCGCGUCAGCUGUCUACCUUUUGCUACUCCCAGGAUGUUUCUCAGUGUCGACCUUUUAAAUUAAAAACAGUUGUUGCCGAACUUUGAAGGUUGAUGAUGAAGCAAUCCCACAAACAGUCCUAAACCAGCUCUGUUCCUCUUACUCCAUCUCUUCAGACUUCCCUAACCUCUCUGUGGCACUUUGCCUUCAGGCUGUUUCCUUUUACAGAAAUGUCAACUAUAAAAUGGGUGAUGAAUAACAGGAAUAACUUAUGUUGUGUUGAAGUUUUUAAAGAUUAAUUUAAACUGUGUGGAAUCUUUCUUAGUUUAGUUUUUUUUGUAGGAUUUGUUGACAGACAUCACAGUUAUCUUUCUCUUUUUUGUCUCCAUCUCUCUUCCUUUCUCUGUGUUUUAAGAGAAAAUGCAGCCUCUGUCAGACCAGGAAAGAGUUGCACUGUGUACUGUAUUGCAGUGGAGGAUAAUUGUACUGUAAUGUAGCAAUAUACUGCAGGUCUUAGAGUCGCUGCGUGGAUGUAAUGUGUUCAGGGUCUAAAGUAUUUUUAUAAGCAUCUCUCCUGUGGAGAGAAGCGCCAGCGUUCAGGCAUCGCGGCUUCCCGUUGUUCUCUGCGUCACCUCAAAUUCAGAGGAAGAGAACACUCUUUCACGCGCUUGGGUUGGGAUUACUACAUUUAUGGUCCGUUGUUCUUAUGAUUUAUGCCAGACGCCAGUCGGUGCGGCAGUUUAAUUGCGGCUGUUUCUCCACUUCUCGAGUGCUGCUCUGCGUUAACGAUUUGCCCAUAAAGUCUUUGGCAUGCUUCUUACAAAGCUAAAAAGAAACUGGUAAUUCCAAGAAAUGUAAAAAAAAAAAACAAGUCCAGAACAAUUUUUGCACUGGCCCCACUCACUAUAAACACUUUAACAAACUUGUGUACUAUGCAAAUAUUUAGAAAUACUCUUUGAGGCCAGUUUUCUUCGGCAGUAUUGAUUCCACUCAAUAAAAAUAUGAUCCUGUUUUCUGAUACAAGUAAUCCUCAAAAUAUAUAAAAAGUAGGGAUGUCCCAGGCAGGAUUUUUAUUUUGUCCCUGAUACUGAUCAGUAGUAAAAGAUUAAGGCAUCUUGCUGCCACAGAGUGUGAUAGUUCUUCAAAUAAUGACAUGUAUAAGCUUAGAAACUCAGAUUCGGUCUACAUUUGUAGCGUGAUUGUUUCCAACAUAUGUUCAGGAUGCUGUAGUAUCAGACAGCACCGGCUAGUUUAUCCAGACUGGUGUUUUCAAACAUAUCUGACUCGAAGCUACAGACCUAAUAAAACUCAUCUUAUUCCUGCUGAUUUUCAUGCAAAGCAAUUUGCUCAGAUGCUAGGCUAACUCUCUGGUUUGAUAUCAUUUAUUAAUAAUUUGACAGCUAUCUUGUCUCAACUGAACUUUUUUAGUUAUGUCUGACUCUAGUUACUGCUACAUAACUCAAUAAAGUCAUGUCUUGCUCCUGCUGAUGAGAUGUUCUUCCGGAGGGGUUUUCUGAAGAGCUCGGCUAAUGCUAGCAUGUUUACUCUCUGUUUGAUAAUGACGCGUUGAUAACUUGACAGAUAUUUUAUCCUAGCCAGAGUUUCUAAAUUAUAUCUUACUCAGCAUACAGCUACAGUCUUCCGUAAAGUCACAUCUUGCUCUUACUGAUGAGAUUUUCAUGUUAACCAUCUUGCUAAGCUAAUGCUAGCAGGUUAAUUCUUUGUUUUGAAAUAGAAAAAACUGAAACAUAUUUCGGCCCAAUAAUAGUUUCUACAUCAACAGCUUCAAAAAAAUCACAUCAUGCUUCUGCUGACAAUGUUUUCAUGCAGAUAGGUUAGGAAUGCUAGAUUAACGCCUCCAUGUUUUCUCAAGGUUGUGUUAUUUUAUCUUGUUACAUAUUUCAUUUGAGUUCCUGUUAUUUGUCUGGACAAAAUUUACAAAAAGUAUUUUUCCUGAUUUACAAACUUUGUUUCUCUUGGACAACAUAUAUUUUAAUGUCUAGUGUUUCAGCUGCUCUCCCCAACAUUGACAGCUGUCUAUGCACAGCAAACAAGACAUAGGCAGAGACAAGCACCCGCCAAUACAGUUUUAGUUUCACUUUGAACAUAAUUUUAAAGGGUGAAAGGCACUUAGAUUGUGAGGGAAAAACGCACAUUUGCCAGACUGACCAGAUAAACAAGACGUUAUACAAACUUUGUUCAAGAAAAAAGGCGUUGAAUUUAAAAAAAGCAGCAGCCUGGCUUGCUAGGAGUGGCACUGGAGUAUUUGGGACAUCCCUAUAAAAAACAGCUUUAAAUGUGUGUGAGUUGACCUAUGUUAUGGAUUUAGUGUGAGGUGUGCCUUAUACAGUAAGUAACCCUCUGUAAUUGCAACAUGGUACUAUAUUCUAGACUACUGUGGACCAACUUUGAUCGCGAUAAGGGGUGAGGAUGUUGGUUUUUAAACCACAGACAGACAUAAAAUCCCCCAAAAUGAACUUUGAUGUGUUGUUGUCACAGCUGUGGUCAGUCUCUUUGUUUUCCUUUUCUGCGUUGGAUUGUGGGAAUCGUCCUGCUCAUAUUUUUCUUUUUAUAUCUUUCUUUUGUAAAUUGACUGCUUCUUCUGAUUGUACUCGUAGGUUAAUUGUUUGUAUUGUUUGUGUGGGUUUUCUUCCUCUGAGUGGACUGAAUUAAACAAAGGCAUAAUUCUCAGAGGAGUUUCUCUAAUUGAUUUCAUAAGGAUACAAAAAUUAUUUUCAACUGAAUAGAUGUGUAUUUUUUCUGGCUUGAAUAUAUUUUACAUGAAGUAAAUAUAUAUAUAUAUAUAUAUAUAUAUAAAACGAUUAUGAUUGGUGUUGAAUAUUGUAAAGAGAUAACACCUAAAUUUUGAAUGUUGGAGAUUUUAUUUUUGGAAACAGAAGAGAACAUUAAGAAAUGUCCCAUGUAGCAGAAGUCGUGUAGAAGGAUGUGAUGGCUUCUGAUCUGAAGAGGCUGAUGAUUGUGAUGCAGUGCUCACUGUUGUAAUCUGCAUGUUGGUACUGUACACUUUGUUGCGUAUCUGUCCUGUUGGUACUCGUAUUAUUUCAGUAUUUAAAGCGUCAAAAAAUGCUUUGCAUUGAGUUAAAAGUUGCCUGCUGCACAUUUUUCUUGUUGAGAAACAAACCUCUGGUGUUUUUUUGGUUCUGCUGUGUAUUUGUCUGGAUUGGGGAGUACUGUCGGAGGACAGGAACACUUAAAAAGCUUUAGUAACUUAGUUCCAAAAAGAGUGAGGAACCAAGACAGAUUUACCAUUUCAGGGUUAAGAUGACACUGUGUAACGUUCACAGUAAUUAUAUUGUUUUUGUCGUGUGAUUACAGAUUUGGAGUGAGCAGGAGGGGAUAUUUGAUGUAGCAGCCUUCACUGAAUAAUGGAAUAAAAUCAAACCACAAAAACAUUUUUCUCCAACCUUAUUUGUGACUUGCAUGCUGAAUGUUACAGCCAGCAGCUUUCUUCAGUUUGGUAUCUUUAUCAUGAUUAACACUUUAUGAGUUAUGAUAAUUCCUGCUUUUUAUGAUUAUUAUAAUUUGUGAUCUUUUUUUCUUGGUGGUGCACUCUUGCAUGUGCUCAUCACAGGUGUCUCAUACAGCUGAGGUCAAUUUAUUGUACUACUGAUGAGUAACCUGGUACAACGGUACAUAAUGUACACUGUGAAUUAAAAAUAAAUGAUACCGUUUCAUGCUGA